AGGCUGCCAAGUGGUGAUGUGGAUGUAAACAAAGACGCGAAACCUGCAACUACUCAAAGUCGCGAUUACUACCAACUUUUAAGAAUACUAACCCCACGAUUCAGUAUUUACGAACUGCGACCGGCGUUCAUGGCUACAGCACUUGGCUUAUUAUAUUUCAGUACCAACGACCACAUUGCUAUAUUUUACCGUUAACGGAGCUCUAAGAGCUUCUUAAUUCCCCACCAUGGUACAGCCGGGUAUUGGGCUCGACACGCCUCGAACAGCUAUUGGAGAUGCGACAUACCUCAACAACCCCGAUUUCGACAUAUCUGAAGAGCAGUCAUUUCAGUCGCCUUCGAAAGAUAACAAUAACCUCGUCCAGCAAUUACAAAAUGGCCGCCGAGGCAUCAACCUGAAGACUCCACGGAGUCGCGCGCCUUUUGGAGACAGGCGCAACACAAAUAACAACGGCUUCGGAGGAGAGUUCACACCUUUGCUGAAAAGCGCCACUAGAAACAAUGCUCUGAAGUUGGGCAAGGAAAAUGGCGUCCCCAGAACCCCAGCAUUCCUCAGGGCCGGUGGCUUGGACAACAUCGCGGAGGAUUUAAGCCCAGUGCCGAACAUGGACUCAACGUACGCCGACUCGUAUGCGAGUGGAACGCCUAUACCCCAGAUUGAUAGCAGCAGCCUCGCAUCGACACCGCUGGCUAUGUUGCCGCGGCGGGCUGAAGGAGCGAAUGUACUUCAAGACGGCAACCAGCUCUCACUGCGUGAGCAAGAGAACGUGAUCGACAAAAUCGAGAAGGAGAACUUUGGUUUGAAAUUGAAGAUCCAUUUCCUGGAAGAGGCGCUACGGAAGGCAGGACCAGGCUUCAGCGAAAUGGCAUUGAAGGAAAACACGGAUCUCAAAGUGGACAAAGUCACCAUGCAAAAGGAAUUGCACCGCUAUAAGAAGACAUUGACUACGGCAGAGCGCGACCUUGAGUCCUAUCGGCAACAAAUCCUGGAUAUGCAAGAGAAGAUGAAGCGGAGGCACGCCGAUGAAGGCGCACAAGAAGAGCUGGACCUUCUCCGCCAGGCUUUACACGACAAGGAAAUUGAAGUACAGGAUCUCCAACAAAAACUCGAAAACUCAGCAGAUCAAAACGAGGACGCGCAAAAGUUACGGGACUCGGUCACCGACUUGGAACACGAUGUUCGCGAGAAGGAACGCAUGAUAGAUGAACGAGAUGACCAGAUUGAUGACCUGAAGGCUCAAGUCAAUGAGCGCGACGACGAAGUCGUGGAGCUGGAAGAGAAGGUCAAGGCAGCGAAGCGCAGAGAGAUUGAGCUGGAGGAGAAGGGCCAAUGGAACGACGAGCUUGAAGAGGCCAAGGAAACCAUUUCAGACCUCGAACAAGACAUCAAACGCCUCCAAAUCGAGCUUGAUGAUGUCAAGGACAACCGCGAAGAAUUAGCCUCUGAAAAGGAACGCGCUAUAGCAGACCUCGAAGAGCUUCAGGAUGAAUUGGCAAACAAGUCCAUCACAACAAAGGGACUUAGUCGCCAAAUCGAAGAGAAGGCCAACCGCUUGCAGGACGACUUGGAGGACCUUCGUGAAAAGCAUGAAUCGCUGGAGCAGGAGCACCAAUCGAAGAUCCAAGAGGCGGAUAGGCUGCAACAGAGAAUCACAGAUCUUGACCAAAGCGGAAGUGCCAGGGAAAUUAAGCUCCGGGAAGAGUUGGAUUCGGCUGUCAAGGAUAGAGAUCAUGCAGAAAGCCAACAGCAUGCGCUCGAGGCCCAGCUGAAAUCUAUCCAGACUGAGCUCCAACACACUACAGAUCAAAAAGAUCUCCUCCAAGUCCGCCACGAUGCACUGACUUCCGAAUCCGCUCAGCUCCAGACGGAGCUGUCGCGAGCGAAAGCUAGAAUCGAAAAUCUUGAAGAGGAUCUACAGAGCGAGAAGUCGUUGUCGCUACAGAAUGAGCGCGAGGUCAGAGAACAAUACAAAUCGGAAAUCGAUCGCCUGCAUGACGAGAUUGAAGAUCUUCGUGCUGAUGUUCGAGAGAAGGAGCGUUUGUACGAUGACGAUAACGACAAGUGGGAGGGCGAGCGAAGAACCCUUGAAUCGCAGCGCGAUCUAGCAGAAGAACAAGCCGACGGUCUAAAGCUUACAAUUGAGAAGCUGCAGAAGGUUGAGGGUACUCUUUCUGGCAAGGAAUCGAAACUACAAGAGGCUGUUUCCCUUGAGAAGGAGAGGCAUUUACGCGAAGAGGCUCUCUUGACGAAGCAAAUCGACGAGUUGACCUCAGAUCUGCAGCUUCGCCAAAACAGCUUGGACGAGGCUCGAUCGGAGCUCUCCAACGUGAGAGAGGAGUUGCGACUCAGCCAGCGUGAGCACAAGUCUCUUUCCGAGAAGAUUGAAGCUCUGGAGGAUGAGAUCGAAGUACUUCAAACUUCCUUGGAUGAGGAGAACGACAGGGCGCAGGUUAAUCUGGAGACUGCCAAACACGAGUCGGAUGCUCUUCAACAGCAAUUAGAGCAGCUGAAACAAGAUGUUGCAAAGGUCGAAUCCAAGUCAAACUCAGCUUCGAUCCAAGAGCAAAGCUCAUCUCUCAAGGCUCUUGAGACAAAGCUCGCCCAAACCACCAAGAGCGAACAGGCCCUACAAGACCAACUUGCCAACAUCAACCUCGAGAUGCACUCUCUCCGCAACCACUCCAACGAAGUAGAAGCCGAGCGCGACGAAAUGAAGAGCCAGCUGCGCGACCUAAAAUCACAAGACGACACCUUCCGCGCCGACCAAGAGAAAAUCGAUCUCCGCACCGCCAAAAUGAAGCUCGACGUCGAAGUCCGCCGUCUCCGCGACGAGACCCGAGUCCUCUCCGAGCAAAAGACCAUGAUCGAGAUCGAACUCCAAAGCGAGCGCGACCACGCCGACGCCGACCACGCCAAUUUCCAACAGCGAGAAACCGAGUACAUCCAGCGCGAAUCCGCGACCAAGGAGACCAUCCGGACCCUAAAACGCCAAAUCAGCUCCCUGGAGCGCCAAUCACACAACCUAGAACUCUCCAUCCUCCAAACCUCCUCCCCCCACUCCUCCCCCAACGGCGGCUCCGCCCACAAGAGCGAAAUCCUCGAAGUCCGCUCCCAGCUUGCCACCGCCCACCAAACCCUCAAAGACCUGCGCGCGCAACUCAAGGAAACCGAACGCGACGCGGCCAAGAAAUUGACGUCUGCACACCUAGACCAUCAAUCCCAAGCCGCAGAAUGGGAUUCCGCCCGCUUCACCCUCGAGCGCGACCUCUCCGCCGCUCUGUCCGCCAAAUCAGCACUAGAAGCCCAGGCCACGGCUGCGGAAUCCACGGCUGCGCGUCUGAAAGCUAAGAUUGCACGCUUGGAACAGGAGUUACACGCUGAGCGCGCGACGGCGGAGGGGGAUCGCACGAUGGCGCUCGAACGACACGAUCUGCACGAGAUGCUGAGGGAGACGCAAAUCCAGGCCGAUAAACUCGAAAUCGCCGUCCAAACCCGCGACGCGUCUCUCGCAGCUCUAACAACCACCGAGUCCUCCCUCCGCGCACAGUUGAAGCGCAUUCGUGAAGAACGCACAGCGCAGAAGGAGCGUGCUAGCCGCGCUAUGGGUGAGCUUGAGGCGCUGGAACGCGAGUUUAGGGGGGCGAAGAAGGGGUGGGAGGCGGAGAGGCAGGGGUUGACGAGGGGAGUUAGGUUUGCGAAUUCGUCGUCUGUGUUGGAGGGGGGCCAGGAGGCGGAGGUUAGGCAUACGAAGGAGCUGAGGGGGUUGGCGAUGCAGAUUGAGUGGCUUAGGGCGAGGUGUAGGCGCGAGGAGGGGUUGAGGGCUGAUGCGGCGUAUGCGAAGAGGUUUAUGCUGCUGCAGGUUGAGUUGUUUGGGGCUUGCAACCAAGCAGACCUCCAAAUCCUCGCCCAAAUGGGCAUAACACCCGACCGCACUGUCCUCCCCCCCCGCCCCUCUCUCCGUCGCGUGGGCUGGAUGGUCAUAGCCUGUGUGCGCAUGAAGCGUGGCGCGGAGGCGUGGGCGAAGAGUAGGAAGGUGCAUGAGAGGAUUGUGGGGAAGUUUGAGGGGAUGAGGAGGGCGAGUUCGGGGAGCGUGGUGACGGGGACGGGGAAGGUGGAGAAGGGAGCGGAGAAGGAGAGGAGGAGGAGGAGUGAUGGGCCGUCUUCUCCGGCUGUGGGGGUGAAGAAGGAGUCGAGGAGGGUUAGUGAGUUGAGGAGGGAGUGGUAGGGAUGUUUGUGAAGAGGGAUAGCAUGUUGAAGUGGCGUAUGGGUUGUGGGAGGUGUUUUAUAUUGUACGUUGCUGUUUGAUGUCUAUAUGGCUGGCUGGCGUUUGGAUGGAUGGAUGGAUGGGUGGCGUGCAUACCAAUUAGCAUGUUGAUUAUGAAG